AUGGGGCAUUCACGCACCAUUCUUGGUAGGCUGAUUUUGUUUCCAUUCCUUCAUGGGUUCAUUCUUUUAUGCAUGAGCACACCUCUGGAAUCUGCAACUCUGUCCAGCGGUAAUACUUUUGGAAGUGAAACUGAUCGCCUGGCGCUGCUGGACUUGAAGAAAAGAAUCACUCGAGAUCCUUUCCAUGUCUUGAGCUCAUGGAAUGAUUCCAUUCAUUUCUGCAAUUGGGUUGGCGUUACGUGCAACCCUUCCACCAAAAGAGUCUUGAUUUUGAACUUGAGUUCUCAUAAACUGGCAGGCUCUAUACCACCUUCUAUUGGAAAUCUUACUCAUCUUACUGGAAUCAACCUCAGAAACAACAGCUUCCAUGGUGAAAUUCCUCAAGAAAUGGGUCGUCUACAAAGCCUGCAAGCUCUCAACCUGUCUGAAAAUUCCUUGGGCGGGAAAAUUCCAACUAAUAUAUCUCACUGUACACAACUACGUGUGCUGAGUCUUUUUUCCAAUCAUAUUAUUGGGUCCAUUCCUAACCAACUUAGUUCAUUGUUGAAUUUAAAUAUUCUAUGGAUUGAUAUUAACAGCCUCACUGGAACAAUCCCGGCCUGGAUUGGAAACUUUUCUUCUUUGCAUGACCUUUUUCUUACCGAGAACAAUUUUCAAGGAAGCAUACCCAAUGACCUGGGGCGUCUGACAAGCUUGGAGAAAUUCACACUUGCAAUGAAUAAUCUGUCUGGUAUUGUCCCUUCUUCAAUCUAUAAUAUUUCUUCCAUAUACAGUUUCAGUUUGACUGACAACCAGCUGCAUGGAGAGCUGCCACAAAAUCUCGGCAUUAAUCUUCCUAAUCUCGAAGAAAUUUAUGGCGGUGGCAACAAUUUCACAGGCAAUGUUCCUGCAUCAUUGUCAAACUCUUCUAGACUCUUGGCUCUAGAUUUUAUUAAAAAUGGUUUCACUGGGACACUCCCUGAAAAUCUUGGAAGCUUGCAAAGCUUAUAUUGGCUAAAUUUUGCUAGCAAUAGACUGGGAAAUGGGAAAACUGGCGACUUGAACUUUCUCAGUUUCUUGGCUAAUUGUACUAGCCUAGAGACGUUGGCUCUUGACACUAAUCAUUUUGGAGGAGAAUUGCCAAGAUCUAUAGCCAACCUUUCUACCCAACUACAUGUUCUUACUUUGGCGCAAAAUUCAAUACACGGAAGUAUCCAUGACGGCAUUGGAAAUCUUGUAAGCUUAAAUCAACUUGAAAUGGAUAACAACUACUUCAGUGGUAGUGUACCUGAUGUAAUUGGGAAGCUUCAAAAGUUACGGAUACUUUCGUUGAAUAAUAACAAAUUUUCUGGGCGGAUACCGUCCUCUUUAGGCAACUUGACUUCAUUGAUAAAUCUCUACAUGGGCAAUAAUAUGUUCCAGGGAAGUAUACCUCCAAGUCUUGGGAAUUGCCGAAGUCUACUCGAACUCAACCUUUCUUAUAACAACAUAACAGGCACCAUACCUGGAGAGCUUGUCGAAGUUUCAUCCCUUUCAAUUUCUUUGGACAUUUCUCAAAAUUCUUUGAUUGGUUCGUUACCAUCCAAUGUGGGUGAUUUGGUAAAUCUUGUGCAGCUGAAUGUAUCGAAUAAUAAGCUAUCAGGUGAAAUCCCCACAACCCUCGGCAGUUGUAUUAUGUUAUUACGCCUGCAUUUGGAGGGUAAUGAAUUUGAAGGAACAAUUCCUCAAUCCCUCACAAAUUUAAGAAGUUUGGAAGAAAUAGAUAUUUCACGCAACAACUUAUCUGGGCAGAUUCCUAAAUUUCUAGAAAAUUUUACGUUUCUUAACCAUCUCAAUCUUUCUUAUAAUGAUUUUGAGGGUGAAUUGCCUAAAGAAGGGAUCUUUUCAAAUGCAAGUGGUCUCUCAGUUAUUGGAAACAAUAGGCUCUGCGGUGGCCUCCCAGAAUUACUUCUGCAUGCAUGCUCCAUCAAAAAGUCCCAUUCAUCUCAACGACUUGCCCCGAAGGUAAUCAUUCCUGUAGCUUGUGCACUUGCGUUCAUAAUCGCUUUGUCAUGCUUCCUCAUUGCUCGUUCAAAGGUGAAAAAGUCAAGAGGUGGACCUGCAACUUCACAUUCUUAUAAGGGUUGGAAAUCAAUCUCUUACUCAGAACUUGUUCAAUCAACUGGCGGGUUCUCUGUGGACAACCUGAUUGGUUCGGGAAGUUUUGGUUCUGUAUACAAAGGAGUACUUCCUACCGAUGGGAGGGUAGUUGCUGUUAAGGUAUUAAACCUUCAACAACAAGGAGCUUCCAAGAGUUUCAUUGAUGAAUGCAAAGUUUUAAGAAGCAUACGACACCGUAAUCUUCUCAAGAUCAUAAGUGCAUGCUCGAGCAUUGAUAAUCAGGGUAAUGACUUCAAGAGUCUAAUUUUCGAGUUCAUGGCAAAUGGAAGUCUAGACUCAUGGUUGCACCCAAGAGAUGAUGAUCAAUCUCAAAGUAAGAGAUUGAGCCUUAUCCAAAGGCUCAAUAUUGCAAUUGACGUUGCUUCUGCAUUAGAUUAUCUCCACCACCAUUGUGAAACAACCAUUGUUCAUUGUGAUCUAAAGCCAAGCAAUGUUCUUCUUGGUGAAGAUAUGGUAGCCCAUGUUGGUGACUUUGGUUUAGCAAGGCUCCUCUUGGAAUCAUCAGAUAGUUCCUCCCAAAGUCAAACCAUUUCUGCUGGGCUAAAGGGUUCCAUCGGUUACAUUCCUCCAGAGUAUGGCAUGGGAGGCCAAAUUUCCAUCUUGGGAGAUAUUUAUAGCUUUGGAAUACUAUUGCUAGAAAUGUUCACAGGAAAAAGACCUACAGAUGACAUGUUCACAGAAGGUCUAAGCAUUCACCAAUUCACAGCCAUGGCAAUGCCUGACCAUGCCAUGGACAUUAUUGACCCUUCAUUGCUCACUGAGAGAGAUGAUGCAGAUGUUGAUGAUGAAAGAUACAAUGACAUACGAGCAAGGCCAAUUACAAAUUAUCAGGAUGGCAGCGCUAUUCGUGCAACAAGAUUGGAAGAGUGUUUGGUUUCGGUAAUGGAGAUAGGGCUCUCAUGCUCUGCAAUAUUACCAUCUGAGCGGAUACAAAUGGAUUUUGUUGUGAACAAAAUGAAGGCAGCUAGAGACUCAUAUCUCAAUUUGAGAAGAAGAAGGAGAAGAAGACGAAGCUAG